CGUUAAACUGUUGACGGCUUCUGUCCUUAGUAGUACGCAGUGCUCAACUGUGCUGUUCGAACCUCAAUUAGAGAGAUCUGCAGAGAAUUGCCUAUUGGUGGCCAUCGUAAGAAAUUAGGAUAGACAGUUGUCGAAAAGGUAAUGUUGAUCAGAGUCAGGAACCAGAAGAAAUGGCAAAAUUUGGCUUAGGCAAACUGGCCUCUGAGCUUGGCAAACUAGUCCCUGAGCUUACCCUUUUUCAUUACCGGGGAGAACAGUGCUUGGAUGAAAUUUUUGAGUGGGUUUGGGACAAUAAGCAGUUUGAUUGCAAGGCCUUAGAAGAAUCAGGAAAGUCCGAAGAAACAGCUAAUAUGUUACGAUUGCUUGGCAACGAAUCUUACAAGGCACAGAAUUAUGCAGAAGCUCUAAGUUUCUAUAAUCAGAGUAUCGUGGCAGCACCACAUCCAGUACUAAGUAAUGUCAAAAUUGAAGAGGCUGAUGAUGGAGAAUUUGGGUUUCCUCGCAUCGACCCUGCAAGGUAUGGUGGAGUUGCUGUGGGAAAAUGUAGUGCCUUAGGAAAAGGAUUUGCAAAUAGAUCAGCUGUUAUGCUUGAUAUAGGGGAGUAUGAGAAGUGUUUGGCAGAUAUUGCUCGAGCAUUAGAGUAUGGCUAUCCCGAAGAACUGCGUCCAAAACUAGAGGCAAGACGGUUAAAGUGCCAAGAAUCGCAAAGGAAGGAGAAGAUAUCAUACGACACCCGUAGAAGUUUUGUUGACGAGAGGCUCGAGAGUAGUACUUUAAAGGAAUGUCUUAGGCAAGAGAAGUUAUACCAAGCUGGGAAGCCCCCAGCGUUGCCCCCAGUGUUAAAAGAUCCUAAUCCUUGCAUACCAGCAUGCAGUAGUGCUGUCAAAGUUUCUUAUUGGCCCAAUAAAGGGAGAGGCCUUGUUGCAGCAAGAGAUAUCAAACCAGGUGAGAUCCUAGGUGUGGAGAGGUCAUUUGCUGUUGGUGUUGGGCAAAAUAUGCUGCUUAAAUGUUGUUCCACUUGUGGUGUACCAUGUGUGAACCCUCUUCCUUGUCCUGGGUGUUCCAAGGUGGUAUUCUGCAGCAAGUCCUGUCGGGUAAAAGGUCUUUCGGAAGACCAUUGGCUAGAGUGCAAGAUCCUGAGCUCAGUACUUGUUCAUGGCCUGGAAACAAUGGCACAUUCCUAUAAAUUACUGAAAACAUGGAACUUCAGCCAAAUGAAAUCUAUGUACGAUAAGCUGAAAAGGGAUAAACCUACUCGUCCCGAACAGUUAGGAUUUGAUAAAAGUGGAAAAUACAACUCAUCAUCUUUUCAGUCUGUUUACCAUCUUCCUGAAGCCUUUGAAAGUCAUCGUUUUGAAGCAGUGAUUUUCUUAUGCAUGAAUGCUUUUCAGAUGGCUAAGCUCUUAGAGUUGAGCCAAAGGUUCUUUGUUGAUGAGUUGGGCAAACCUGUUCCAGUGACUAAAAAGGAUUUUUUGAGCACAUGCAAGAUUCUGGUUAAUAACAAUUCCAAGUUUAUUGACACUUCGUAUGGAUACCAAGUGUGGGAACUGUACCCAGUAAAAAGUCUGAUCAACCACUCCUGCUCUCCUUCGAUGUCCUCUAUUCGUUUUGGUCGAGAGUCAUUCUGGUAUGCUGUAAGACCUAUUGCAGCUGGCGAGGAACUAACUGUUUCCUAUUUUGGUAAAGAUGAUUUCAGCAGUCAACCUAAGCAGCAAAGGAACGGAAAGCUGUUGACUGCCUCAGAGUUUCUCUGCAGCUGUCAGGCUUGUGAGGAGAACUGGCCAACUUUGCGGUAUCUACCUUACAUUAGGUGGUUGUGUGUAAAAUGCACUAAACCGAUUUCAGAUGCGGGAAUGCAAUGCAAUGAGUGUUUGGAAAAACUUAGAGGAAAAUUAGAUGUUAAAAAAGCUUCUGAAAAGAUGAUGUCAGCCCUUGAUUUUUUGCUUCGAAUGCAAAGCAAAGUUGCACUUGGGGAACCCAUGUCGAAACAAGAAUUUAGACAUCUUUGCAAAUCGUCAGAGGUCAUCUUUAAGUAUUCAGCAAUGCCUUCUAUAACGCUUGUAGGCCUCAUGAAGUUAAUGGAAGUUUGUGCUGGAAAUGGAUUGAUGUGGUGAAUGAAUACUCAUUGAAAUUAGUGUUGAAGUUAAAUUUCAGUUGUCUGUGUAGGAGAGUUUUAUUAAGUAUCCAGUGGGUUAUUCCCAGUAGCCUGUAAUCAUAAGCAUUGUAUCAUUAAGUUUAAUGUAGUAAUUGUUGGGUACACUUUUUAUUAAUAAUUAGAGGUACAGUAUUUUGUUAUGGAAAUAAUAGUACAGGUGGAAGUCGGUUGUAUUCUGCAGUGUCUUGAAAUUGUAGAGAUAAAUAUGUUGAAGACCAAGAAAAAAAAGUUGCUAGUGAGUAUCAGUGUUGUUAUUGCAUUUGAGCACCAGUUUCUAAUUCGGUUGUGUAUCUUGUUUGUACAACCUGCUUGUCUGCAUGCCAGAAAUUUGCAAUGUAUGUAUAGGCAUGUGCAGUAUUUUUUUUUUUUUUUUUUUUUUUUUUUUUUUUUUUUUUUUUUUUUUUUUUUUUUUUUUUUUGCCUAAAAUUAAGCAGGUGCAGUAUUUUUUUUAUGUUUACCUAAAACUCAAAUUACUCUUAUCAUUUAAGGAUGUGAGCACAUGGACUGUAUUUUAUUUAGAUUUUCUUUUUCUUGGAAUGACCUGUGGUAAUUUUUUUUUUUCUUGGAAUGAACUGUGGUCAUUUUUGAAGGAAGUGUCUUAUGCAAAUAUAUAUCAUUUAUUAUUUUUUAAUGCCUCGCAUUGGCAAUGCUUUGUAACAGUCAAUUUCCCCUGUAACAUACAAUUAUUACAUAGGUCAACAUCCUUAACUUUUGCAAUGAGGAAUCCAAUAAUUCUCUGACAAGGAGUAAACUAUGUUCUUAAUAAUCAACCAUUAAAGUAUGCCCCAUA